AUGCCAGGGCCUCCCCAUUCGUGCGUCCUGCCCCUCCAGAAGCAGUGCUUGAGAGAAACAGUCAACCAGUCAGUGGAUUCAUAUAGAUCCAGAAUUGCUACCCCGUGUUCCUCAUCGCAAAUGUCUUUUGUACAGCCGUCUACGGCCUACAUGAAUGCUGCAGUGGAAAGCUCCUUAGCUGCUUCUCGUCGUGAUCGCCUUACAGCGCUUCGUCGUCGGAUGCGAGAAGAAUUCGGUGCUAGGGAUUUGGGACUGACAUACGGUGUGACAUCGGACUGUGAUACAUUGAGUGUAGCAAGCGAAGCCACCAGCUUGCAUUCAUGGCAUCGCCGUGUUCUUGCUAGCUCCCAUACAAUGGUCGUACAUCCAUCUGACAGUAUGAGCACGAGAGCCGGACCAUCUUGUCCGAUCCCCUCUUCAAACUCAUUGUCACAAGUUUACCCGGAACCUAUCAUGGAAGGCGACCCAUUAACAAUUUCCCUCUCUCAUCCAGUCUCUGCUGCAUCAAUUCCAUCUUCUUCAUUAAUAUCCCCUACCGGGCCGCCUCCUAGUCAUCCUCCUCCACCUCUGCCUUCGAGAGAUCUAUCACGGCAGAUGUCGAACGAGUUACGGUCUCCGCCACCGCUCCCUCCAAGGAAUCCCUCAAUACGGUUACCCGAUCCUGUGUCAACUGAGCUUGUUGCUCGUUUGAAUCUACCUGAAACGGAGAGGUAUCGCGGAACCAGUAUUCUUUUUCACCAUAUUUUACCAACUUAG